AUGCAUGACAAGUCCUGCAGAUGUACAAAUGUCAGAGGAACUGCAUGUAAGGGCCAAGCCCUCAAACAAAUUGCUGCACAGCAAGUGAGCUCCAGCGGUCACCUUCAGCCCCGGGGCGGUGUGCCCCUGGACCAGAGGCUGGGGAAGGGGCGGAGCGUCACGCUCAGCCCUGUAAUGCCUGGCAGCCCCUCCGGCUGCUCGGCACACCCAGAGGCAGCGGAGGCAGCUGAGGCGAGGCUGUCCACGGCUGUCUGUCCUGCGCUGCUGGAGAAGUGUUCAGCAAUGGCCGAGAGCUCAGCUGCAACAGCGGCAGUGACGGCAGCACCAACCGUGCUAGAUGAGCUCCUGGAGAUCACAGCUCAGAGCCUGGUGCGCACCGAGGUGGCUGAGCACUAUGAGGUUAUACGGGAGCUGGGCAGGGGCAAGUAUGGCCACGUGGUGCUAGUGACCCACAGGCAGAGAGGGACACCAAUGGCUCUCAAAUUGCUGCCCAAAGCUAGUACCAAGCUGCACACCUUCCUCUAUGAGUACUGCGUGGCACUCUCCCUUGCCACCCACCCUGCUAUAAUUAGCAUGUUUGGAAUUGCAAUUGAAUCCAGCCAGUACUAUGGUUUCCUCUAUGAACCAGCGCUGCACAAAGACCUCAUCUCUAUCAUCAAACCCCGGGAUGGGAUCCCUGAACCGGCUGCCAAGCAGUGUGCCAAGCAGCUUGUGAGUGCACUGGAGUUCAUCCACAGCCGGGGGCUCGUGUACCGUGAUGUCAAGCCUGAGAACGUACUGCUCUUUGAUCCUGAGUGCCGGCGCAUCAAACUGACUGACUUCGGGCUUACACGGCCCAAGGGUACCAAGCUCAAGCUGGUAGCUGGGGUAAUCCCCUACACCGCCCCUGAGCUGAGCAACACCGCUGAUGCCCAGGGAGUGCCCAUCGACACCAGCUUGGAUGCCUGGGCCUUUGGCGUGCUGCUGUUCUGCCUGCUGACUGGCUACUUCCCCUGGGAGCAAAGCCUGCCCGACGACCCUUUCUUUGAGGACUUCAUGCUCUGGCAGGAGACGGGCCUGGAGGAGAACCUGCCUCGCCACUGGAAACGCCUGACAGCGGAGGCUGCCCUCAUGUUGCGGAGCCUGCUGGCCCUUGAUCCUGCCAAGCGGGGCCCUGUUGGCGGCGCUCUGCGCUAUGUUGAUUGCCCCUGGCGGCUGGAGGACGGGUGCAGUGAGGGGGCUGCUGUGAAGCCCUAAAGCCUGCUCUCCAUGGGGGAGGGAAGGCAAGUCUCACCCUGCAAGGAGCUUCAGGGUUGGAGGCAUCAAGGUGGGCCUCCAGCAAAGCAGCUGUGAGAGACCAUGGUAACUCCGAGAGCAACUUCUCCACAGCACCGUCCAUGCCACCAUGGAGCUGAGCUCCUUCCCCAUAUGAUGGUCCUCACCAGCACUGCUCAGCACUGCCCAGUGCCACCUCCUUGUACUUCCCUGGGACUUGAAAAUAUCUCCUUUCUCUUGCAAGUGGUGGUCCUUGUGUGAAGCACCCACUUUCUUCCUGGUCUCUCAGGGGUGGUUUCUAGGGGCCGCAAUGCCUGUCUUGUCCUUGAAAUAGAGCAAGAUAUUUAUCUAUCUUUGUGUUUCUGUAUGUGGCUCUUUUUCUGUCAUAAUAAAAUGGGGGCUGUUUGCUGUGGGAGAGCAUGGGCAUGACAAAGCCUUUGGCCAUCUCAAAGCAGGGGCCUCUCCAUGCUGCCUGGGCCUGCACCAGGUCCUUUAAAGGGUGUCUUCAGACAGGUGGGGUUGAGGUGCUGGGAGCCCCCAGUAUGUCACUGUGGACAGUAUCUGGGGACUCAUAAUGGUGCUGUGAAGGUGCUGGAAGUCACUGAGGUGGGGUGUUGGAGGACCAGCUGAGGGACCUCAGCCUCAACUUGGUAGAAGCAAGUGGAUAUGGCAGGAUGUUCACGGGGUGCUGUGAGGAAAAAAGCACAGGAAAAAGGUGGAGGGGAGCCAUCUGUGUGUGAGGACUGUGGCAAUGUUGAUCUGUGCCUUGCCUCUGGAGCUCUAAAACAUAGCUAGCUCUGGUUUGGCCUCAUCUUUGCCGCUCAAAUUCCCUCUGCACAUCUGUCAGCAUACAGAUAACUAUCAUGGGUUCCUGCACAAACCGUUUGAGGAUUUUCCUGUCAGCAGAGUUAGACAUAAGGCUUAUC